AUGACGUCUGCGACGCAAGAGUCGUGGAGGGCCCAUUGGAAGUGCUUCUUGGCCUGCGGCAUCAUCGUACUGUGCCCCUUCCAAUAUGGCGUCGACUUUGGCCUCAUCGGCGGCCUGCAAGCUAUGAAGGGCUUCUUGAUGAUCUACGGUCAUGAAGCACCGCACACUGCGCUUGGAUGGAACCUCUCGACCGUCCGCCAACAGCUUAUCUCCUCGCUCAUGACUCUCGGCGCCUUCAUCAGCUCGGGAACUGCCGGCCUUGUGGCUACUUGGCUCAGCCGCCGUCAAUGCCUGUGGAUUGCCUGCGUUGUGUGUGCCAUCUCGAACGUUAUAAUGAUGGCCACUGAGAAUAUUGGCGCGCUGUACUUUGGUCGGUUCCUUAUCGGCCUGGCCAAUGGCUAUUUUAUGACAUUCUCCCAGCUGUAUCUUCAGGAGACCAGCCCGGCCAGGUAUCGUGGUUGGUUUCUGACAGCGUUCCAGUUCUGCACAACAUUUGGCACCCUUAUCGGCACCAUCAUCGACUGGGCAACCGCCAAGCGCGGUGACAAGUCCUCAUACCUAAUCCCCCUGGGCAUCAUCUACAUCGUGCCCUUUAUCCUUUCCAUCGCUCUCUUCUUCAUCCCUGAGUCUCCUCGCUGGCUCAUCCUCACAAACCGUUUCGAGGAGGGCACCAAGUCCCUGAAGUGGUUACGCCCUGUCAACGCCGCUGUCGAUGCCGAAGCCAACGAGAUCCGCAACGCUAUCGAGAAAGAGCGCGAAAUCUCCAAGGGCGUACGCGUUAUGGAUUUGUUCUCGAAUCCUGUUGACAGGCGCAGGACAAUUCUCUCGGUGUGCGCUGUUUCCCUGCAGGCUGCGUCUGGCUCGAUGUUUAUCAUCGCCUACAAAGCCUACUUCCUUGGCAUGGCCAAGGUCAGCGAUCCCUUCGCCAUGAGCAACAUCCUCAGUGCAAUGGGCAUCGCCGCCAUUAUUUUUAACUCCCUCCUCGUCGUGCGCUUCGGCCGCCGUCGCGUCGUCCUCAUGACGGGUCUCAUCCUCUGUGGCAUCUUCCAGAUCAUUAUCGCCGUCACCUACGACAAACACCCCGGCACUUCGACAACCGGCAAGGUUCUCGUCGCAUUCACGUGUGUCUACAUGAUGUGCUACAACGGCAUGAUUGCCAGUUACUCCUGGCUUGCUGGCGGCGAGAUUCCUUCGCAGCGUUUGCGCAGCUACACUUUUGGUCUGUCUGCCGCCGUUGGGUUCCUCGGCGCCUGGCUUGUUACCUUUACCGCCCCGUACUUUAUUAACCCCGACUCGCUCAACUGGGGCCCGCGGUACGGAUACAUCUGGUUCCCGUCUUGCAUUGUGGCUGCGCUGUGGGUGUUCUUUUUCCUGCCAGAGACCAAGGGCCGCACUCUGGAGGAGAUUGAUGAGAUGUUUGAAGCGAGAUUGCCAGCGAGGAAGUUUAGGCAUUAUGUCUGCUCCGGGAAGCGCGGGGAGGGUGAGAGCAAGGCUUCGUCGGAUGUUGAGAAGCGAUCCAACGCGGAGAUCGAGCACGCCGAAACAAAGGCUUGA